AUGGUUCUAACUGGAUUCAACUGGUUCCAACCAGCUUGGACCAGUUCCAACUGGUGUAAACCGGUUCAAACUGGCUUCAACCGGUACAAACCGGUCUGGACCUGUUCCAACCGGUCUAGACCAGUUCCAAAUCGCAUGGACCGGGUGAAACCAGCUUCGACUGGUUCAAACCGGCUUAGACUGGUUCACACUGGUCUCGACCGGUUCCAACUGGCUUCGACCGGUUCCAACCGGUCCGAAGUGGAUCCAACCGGUCUUGACCGGUUCCAACCGGCUUGGAGCAGUUACAACUGGCUUCAACCAGUUCGAACUGGUCUGGACCGGUUCCAAUCGGUCUUGACCAGUUCCAACCUGCUUGGACUGGUUCCAACUAGCUUCCACCGGUGGAAUCCAGGUUCAUCCGGUUCAAACCGGUCUGGACCAGUUCCAACAAGUCUAGACCAGUUCCGGUCUAAACCAGUUCAAACUAGAUUCAACCAGUUCCAACCGGACUGA